AUGGGGCACCUUGGAGGCUUGUUUCUCAUCGUGGCACCGCUUUUCUGCCUUCGUGUUUGUGGCACCGCAGGCCACUCUUUGCCUGCUUGCCUCAAACAACUGGAGUUCAGUUGCAGCGAUGGGUCGUGCAUCCCGAGGCUGCAGGUGUGUAACGGCCGCUCAGACUGUGAGGACGGAUCAGAUGAAGGCUCCUGUAGCCACGUGUGGUGUAACUACGAUGAGUUCACCUGCCACAGCAGACGAUGCGUAUCGGUGAGGUCAUUGUGUGACGGAGUUGAUGAUUGUGGUGACGGGAGCGAUGAGGAUUCCUGUCACAACUGCACCGCUGGGUUUUUCUCCUGCGGGCUGUCCGAUGCCUGCCUGCCCAGAAACCAGGUCUGUGACGGGUGGAACGAUUGUAAAAACGGACACGACGAGACCCGGGAGCUGUGUGGUUCGGGCCAGCCUCAACCCCAGAGAUCCCCCUCCUCGUGUGCAGCGUCAGAGUUCCAGUGUGGAGACGGAAAGUGUGUCCGUCUCACGUGGAGGUGUGACCACUCGCCUGACUGCUCUGAUGGCAGCGAUGAAGAAAACUGUGAUAUUGCCGAUCAGGACGAGUGUCAGGUCAACAAUGGCGGCUGUUCUCAUUUCUGUGUGGACCAGCCGAUUGGUUUCCUCUGCAGCUGCCCCGACAACAUGAAGCUGCUCGAUGACAGCCGAUGUGAGGAGGUGGACAUCUGCCUGGAGAGCGAUGUGUGUGAUCAGCUGUGUGUUCACACAAACUACAGCCUCACCUGUAAAUGCCAUGAGGGCUACCACAUGGAUCCAACAACCGGGGAGUGCAGAGCCAACGGAGAAGCUGCUCAGAUUGUUUUUACCACGUCUGAAGGAACACGAAUAAAGAGCCUCGUUGACUCAGAUUUCGAUGAGCUGGCACCACAUUUACUUGGCUCGGGUCCCGGAGCCUUCAUGGCUUCUAACCACACGUUCUACUGGGCCCCAAAAGGGCAAGGCUCCAUCUACAGAAUGUCAACAGACAAAAAGCCACAGGAAGCUGAGCUGGUGCUAAAAGUCCAAGGUUCAGUUUCAGGCCUGGCUGUGGACUGGAUCCAUCACCUUCUGUACUGGACCAGUCCAGAGAAGGGUUCCAUUAAUGUGGCUCUGCUUGAUGGUUCUUCCCAGCAUCAGCUCAUCACGGGGCUCCAAAAGCCAUCGGCCGUGGCUGUGGAUCCUCUCCAAGGGUUUCUCUUCUGGGCUCAAUGUGGCAGUACUCCAAAGAUUGAGAGGGCCGGCUUGGACGGCCACAACAGGAUGGUUUUAGUCACAUCCUUGAUAAAACAGCCCGUCGCCUUGUCUUUGGAUGUGCCUCGGCACUUGCUCUACUGGUUUGAUCAGGGAAUGAGGAGCAUUUCCAGAGUAAGUCUAGAGGGUCGCCACCGUAAAAUAGUGGUAGAGUCCAACGGCUAUCUGGACCGACUGCUUGGACUCGCUGUGUUUGAGGGAUUUGUAUAUUGGAGCGAUGAGGUGACGCGCUCCAUCUGCCGUGCCAACAAGCGCAGGAGCAGAAACUUCCAGGUCUUCCUGUCGAACAUCAACUCACCAGGCGGUGUGGCCAUCAUUCACCCUGUGCUUCAACCAGACGGUCCCUCUGCUUGUGGACGUCCAGGCACAACGUGUCAACACAAAUGUGUCGUCGACCUGCGGCCUGAAAAACUUCGAUUCAGCUGCAAAUCUGCAGAAACGAGACUUAACAAAACGGAAACUCCAGUGAUCUCCCGCACAGUUCCUGCAUCAACUUUGUCCGAUGCCACGUUUGCUGGAAUUUUGUCUCUAAUCAUGUUCCUCAGUAUGCUGCUGGUGGGAAUGGCUUUGUGGUGGUGGAAAGAAGAGUUUCGGCCUUCCAGGUCUCUCAUGUUGCAGAGCUUUUCUCUCAAAGAGUCCCAAGACCCGCUCAUCGUUCAGGAACCACCUGUUGCUCCCGACACAGUGCUGAUCAAGGAAACUUUUCUGAGGCUGGAGCUGGACAGCGACUGA